AUGUUAAAACUGUUAUUUAUCAUAUCGAUACCAGCUAUUGCAGCAAAAGAUCUUCCAGGAUUAGAUUAUCUAGCAUCAGGUUUUGAUGCUCUCAAGAUGAUUAGUAAUAAUGAAGAAAUUUCAUCAUCAGAUCGUUCAAAAUUUCGACUCUUUGAUUUACGUGAACGUGAUGGGGAAGAAUAUAUUUUAGAAACAAUAAAUAAAACUCAGACAUUUAAUACGCCAAGUGUUGUUCAAGUUACUACUGUUAAUAUGAGAACUCGUAGUAGUGUUGAAUCUGUUUCAUACACAUAUGAAGAGUUUUUUCGAAGUUUUGAUCCAAUAUUUAGUCGAAGUUUAUCAAAGUUAAUUGCUAAUCCAACAACGGAUACUCAACAAAUGUAUUAUAAUCAAAUUAUAUCAACAUUCGGCACUCAUUAUAUCUCAUCAAUUGUUAUUGGUGGUGUUGUUGAAAUGUUUACUCAAGUCAGCAGCAAAUAUCAAGAAUAUUAUAAUAAAAAAUCGAUUGAAAAACAAAUGAGUAUUGGUUUCGAAUAUCAACAAGCUCAGAUGUCGGCUUCUUACAAUCGCAGUUUUCAAGUUAGUGUUACUACUGAAGAGUUUAAAAAAAAUACUGAAAUAGAGGUGAAAUUCUCACCAUCUGUAAUGACAACACCUACAACAAAACAUAAACAAUGGGAUAUUUGGUUAGAUCGAGCUUCUUCUACACCAGUUGUUAUUAAUCGAACUCUAUCACCAUUAACCAAUCUAUUGAAUGAGUAUCCAAUUGAAAUUCGACGACAUUUGAAUUUAACUAUUGAUUAUUAUCUAAGAAAUGGUAAACUUCCAACUAUUGAUCAGCUGCCGAGUGUUGAUCUACGUAAAAAACGUUCAAUCAAUAAUCAAAAUAUCUUGCCAGGUUUAGAUGUUGUUGGAUGUGGCUAUGAUAUUUUUUCGUUAAAAAGUAAAUCUUGCCUCUUGGAAAGAACCAUGAAUGACAAUACAACAUGGAUUGAUGUAUAUGAUAAUUUUACGACAUACAAAGUUCCAGAUGGAUUUUUUGUGAUUAGUACAAAAGAUAUGUUAUCAAUGUCGGAUACGUUAUUUUUUAGUUCAUUGAAAGAAUUCGUCAGUGAGUCAUAUAUAACGAAUGAAAAGGAUUCAUUUGGUUUCUUGGGAUUUGGAGCAUAUAGUGACAAAGAAGAAAUGAGAACUAGAUAUCAACGAUUUUAUCAGCACAAGUAUCGAAUGGCAUGGACAAAACAACAAGUAAUUUGGUUUACACUAGCUGUAGCAACAUUUCCAGCACCAAAACUUAGUCGAAUUGCUAACUUGGCUAUUGUUGGUUUACCAACAACAUUCGAUGCAAAUUCAACUAGUUAUGAAAAAUUUCAGCAAUUUUUUGAUGCAUAUGGUACUCAUAUUGUCGUUCGAUCCGAUAUUGGUGGUAUGCUAUGGGCUGAAGACUAUUUUGAAUCAUGUUUAAUUACUAAACUGACAGAACAAUGGAUUCGACGAGAGAUUAUCAAACGAUACUGGUUUUUUGGUACAACUCGAGCGAUUACUGAAACUAAUCAUAAAGAAGUUAGUAAAGAAUACCAAGAAAAUUCUUUAUUUCAAAUGAAAAUUAUCGGUGGUCUCCCUUCAAUAGUUCCAUUAACCGGCUAUAAUUGGAUUCCAACAAUUAAAGACAAUCCGAGUCCAAUCACAUAUCAAUUGCAACCAAUCUAUACACUUUUGCCACAAGGUACACAGCGUGAGGCAUUGAAACAAGCAACAUUUUACUUACGAUCGACUAUGGCUAAUACAUCGAACAUAUACAUUCAACGAUUAGAAUCUGAGAGAAGUUCACUACCUUUACCACAAUUACAAUGUACUGAACGACGUCGACGAAGAAAACGUCUUGCCAACACAAAUCCCUUUUCAUUGGAUUUGACAAAUGCACGAAAGAAAUUAUGUUCAAUCAUUGGCUCGUAG